GAGAUGCUGAUCACACCGCCGUGCUGCGUCUCUCCAGGAGCUUGUUUCGUCCUGCUUCGCCUCGCUCUGCACCAUGUCCGAGCCUGAUGGACCUCUCUGCGAAAUGGCCAUUGCGGGAGGCUCGCAGUGUCUCGAGGAUUGUACUAAGACUGGCGUCGUUUUCUUUACGUAAUCUUACAGCCACUACUUGCGCGUUUUGUCCUCGGUCGCUUCGUCUGCGAUAGUGCUUCGCUGUGGGAGCGUUUUUCUUUUUUUCUCUCUCCCUCCCUCUCAGAAGAAUACAACAUCCCCCCCUCGGCGUUCCUGCUUGGCUUUUGUUUCUGUAUUGGAAAGGCAUGCCACGUUACUGUGAUGUGCAGUGGAUAAACAGAGCUCAGCCUGGGAAUUGCUCUCUGGCAAACCUUGACAUAUCCUGAUCUGAAGCUAAACACUGUUAAGCUCCGUUCAGCCGAUCCUGCGUGAAGAGGGAGUUAAAAAGCAGAUCCCAAAUUUUCAAGGUUUUAAAACCACUUAAGAGAGUGGAAGGUAUGUCAUCCUCUAUGGGACUGUGCAUCAGGUGGACUGUCUGUAUGUCCCUGGUCCUUCUACAGACGCCAGGGAGUGCUGGCUCAAUAGUGAAUUUCCACAAAACGUGCAUAUGUGCCAGUAACAUUGUGAGCUGCUCCAAGAUGAACUUAACCACCGUUCCGACGGACCUGCCCAAGUACAUGGCGGUGCUCGACCUGAGCUACAACGACAUCACCCGGCUGCGGGCGGAAUGGACCACGUACAAACUCCCCAAACUCCACAACCUUUUACUGAGCCACAACGGCUUGAACUUCAUCUCCACGGAAGCGUUCGUUUAUGUCAGGCAGCUGCGCUACCUUGACCUUUCCUCCAACAACCUGCGCCAACUGGACGAGUACAUCUUCGAACAGCUGGGGCAGCUGGAGGUGCUUCUGCUGUACAACAACCAGAUCUCUCAGAUCGACCGCACCGCCUUCUCGGGCCUCAGCAACCUGCAGAAGCUCUACCUGAGCCAGAACCAGGUGUCCCGCUUCCCUCUGGAGCUGGUCAAGGACAAGACGCGGCUGGAGAAGCUGAGCUUGUUGGACUUGUCUUCCAACCGGAUCAAGGUCCUCCCUGUGCAAGAUCUGCAGGGCCUGCCAGCCUGGAUCAAGAACGGACUCUACUUCCACAACAACACUCUUAUCUGUGACUGCGAGCUGUACAAGUUGAUGGCUCACUGGUACAUGCGACGGCUGAACUCAGCCGUGGACUUCAAAGAUGACUACACCUGCAUACCACCGGGGUCUGAAAAGAAGCGCAUUUUCGAGCUAAAUAUGCACAUGAACUGCAGCACGUUUAACGAGUCAGUGGAGGAGGCUUUUUUGGAGCAAAACCUGGUCCUCAGUUGUGACACCCGGCAUCGGUACAUGUCCAAGACGUGGAUGCUGCCUGGCAACAUAGUAGUGUCCCCUGGCAACAACAACCAGAGUGCAUCAGUUCUCCCAGAUGGAAACCUGGAGGUCCGCUCGAUUAAACUUGAGGAUUCUGGUCAAUACACGUGCUUUGCUGUGAGCGAAUACCUUAACGAAACCCUGUACGUCUGGGUGAAGGUGCAUAACUUUACUCUGAGUGGACAUGGCGAUACCCUCAACACAGCGUACACGACUCUAGUGGCCUGCUUGGCCAGCGUGGUCCUGGUGCUUAUCUACCUGUACCUGACCCCUUGCCGCUGCUUCUGCUGUCCAGGGCAAGGCAAGUCUAAGAACAAUCAUGAGGACAGCAUCCACUCCUCCAUGCUCAGUGCCACGCCAACGCAUGAGGAUCUGGCAACCAAAGCUGAGCUCAGUAGGCAUGUCGCCUUCAUAGACCCCAAGGACCUGCAGGGCCAGAAUGGGAAAGUGAACCCCAAUGGGGAAGAGGAGCUGGAUGAGGAAGCUAGGCAGGGGAAAGGCAAACGGAAGAAAUCAGUGGCGGACUCCAUUAGUUCAGUCUUCUCCGACACACCCAUUGUGGUUUGAGCGGAUAGUGUCCAGUGUUCUGGACUGGGAGAGGCCUUCUGUUGUGGAUGUAUGUCAUAAGACCUUUAUCCAGAGACACUGAGCCGUUGUGACUUCCCUGGAUAAAGAAAGUGACAGUUCUCACUCUUCGGCAUUUGGCUGAUGAAAUAUACAGUGUUAUAUCACUUUCCUUUGUGAGUUUGACAAGGACAAGGUAGAAAAAAUAACCUUUCCAGCAUUUUAAUCUGUAGCAUUUAAGUAUAUACUGUGAAAAGGUCUUGCCAUGUACGGUAAGUGGACUUGAUCGUUGAGAAGUGGGGAAGCAGAUGGGGGAAAAAAAAGAUUAGUUUCUCCAUGAAUAGCAACUGGAAAGCCUUAUUAUUCAAUAAGAGAUGUUUAAAGAUAGAUACAUCCACUAUAUAAUCAAGUCAUAAGCAUGAUUCCUACAGACUGCUGAUGUUAAGAAUAUAAAUUGGUGCCCUAUAGCCAUUAGUAUAGACAGUAUUUAUUCUCCCCUUCCCCAAAUGCUAACUUACCAGCAUCACCACGUUAUAUAUAGACUUCAGUCAUGAGUCAUUGCUACAGGAGUGGCAUGCCAUUACGUUGAAACAGCAUUACGUUGAAUGCUGAAUAGUGUUGGAGGGAUGUAGCAAGAUUUGCAUCUGCUUUUAGAAAUUCAACACCUUCAAGCUUAAAGGGAAACUAUGUGGAAUCUUAGUAGAAACGCAUCCUGUUGAAAAACUUCAGCCUGGGUCAGUUUUAAGUAUAGUAAAAGUAGAAAAGGAGGAAUUAUAACUGCCACUUGUCCUUUAGAGGAACAGAAUGAUCCCUAUUAUUUUGGUUAUUGUUCAUACAGUGAAGAAUCAUGUGUACCAGAAUUUAGUUAGCUGUUUAAAAUUAAGCCAAAGUUUAUUUCAUUGCAUUGCAAUUGCAGACACUUGCAAUAAAAGCCCGGUCAGGAACUGUUGAAACAGGGUUACAGCUCCUGAGCUUUCUAACAAAAAGCUCAGUAACCAUAUGUUUUAGUUGUAUGCCGGCCUGUAACGUGCAGUCCAAUGCUGUUGUUGAAAGUACGGUUUGUUGUAGCAUCAAAAACUGGAACUGAGCUGCCAGCACCCCGUUUGGGCUUUAAACAUCACUUCAAAUUGAUGUCAGAUUAACAAUAGCGUUGCUUUUCAUCCGCCGCUUAAGAGUAAAUUAAAUGGCUGUGUUGUGCGCACUGAAAAUUUUAAUCUUUAAACAAUGGCACCUAAUUACGUUACGACUGCCAUUCUUUCUUAGGAUAUCAAUCAUAUGCACAGCAUCAUUUGCAUGAGGCUGUCUGUCAUGACAACCGGAGAGGGAUACAUUACCUGAAUGCUAAUGACCUUUUUAAAUAGAUUAAGGCAUCGCUGUUGCUUGUCUGUAGUAAAGAAAGAGACGUUCCAGGAUUCAGAAGCCAAAAAAAUGUUUUUCAGACAUCUGGUUCUCAAGCCUUUUCUCGAGUUCAGAUUUGCAUAUUUUGGUGGCUUUUAGUCAUAGCUGAGUCAUCCAUUGUCGGAAUGUUUUCUAAAUGAUUGGGCCAGUCUCUAAUUACAUCUCAGACCCCUAGGGCUCUUUGUAAUCUUGAUGAGAAAACAAAGGCCAGAGACGGAGGGGGGGAACAGGCGUUUGUUUCGAUCCAGAAUCAGUGGUAAUAAUCUGAACAAAUUUUUCCUGGUGAAUUAAGAUGCAGUUGUUGGAAUUGUUUUAAAGUGGUUUGUUCAAGUCCAAGGUAGUGGUGAACACUAGGGGUGCACAAUGAUAUCGGUGUCAUAUCAGUAGAUAUUUGCUUAAAAAUGUCACCAUUGGACAGAUGUUUCAAUUUAAGUGGCAUUUCACAACGAUAGUUGAAGAUGUUUUUAUUGUGCUGAGCUAAAAUGUCUGCUUUCUAUUCAUUUUACUGCAUUUGUAACCAUCUACAAAAAGCUAGAUUUCUCUGUAAUGUUUAUCCAUACAUUUUGUAGAUGUUUAUGUAUCAGCAUGAGCAGAUAGAUACAUGAAAAACAUUGGACAUCUGCAUUGGCCUACAUUUCCCAUAUCAGUGCAUCUCUAGUGUAUACCAUUUCACUGAAGUCGUAUGGUUUUUAUUAGUGAUUACUUUGUUGACUAUUUAAAGGGACUAAAAUAAUAGUAAUAAACAGCACUAAGAGUGUUCUAGAUAGUUUCUGAAGCUGCAGUAAUUUACUUAGGUGUAACCUAUGUGCAUAUAUGCCUAUAUAUGCAUAUGCAUCAAUUACAUUACAAUCCACUGACAGUAUUCUAUAUAUAUCUAUAUAUACAUAUUGAUGCUAUUGGACUAAAAUCUUGUACCUUCAAAAUGCUGACUUUAUAGGAGAA